GGUGAACUAAACAAGGCCUCUGCCUCUGAACGCGCACGGCGCGUCCCGCGUCGCCUGCCGGCGGCCACGUUAAAUUAAAAGCUAAAGCCCACCUGCCGGAGCGAGGCAGUGAGCACGCUCGUGGUGGUGGAGUGUGGACAUGGGAUGCGGAUGCGGGUCGAGCCGUCCGGCGAUGGCCAAGACCAAGUCCGACGACAGCGGGAACUCGUGGGAGUACAGGCUCCGCAAGUACCUCCUGCUGCUGGCCAUGCUGGUGGCCACGGUGACGUACGGCGCGGCAUUCAACCCGCCGGGCGGCGUCUGGCAGGAGGCUGACCCCCGCCUGAACCGCAUCGCCGGCGACCCCAUCAUCCGCGACAUCAACUACCGGCGCUACCUGGCUUUCUUCUACAGCAACGCCACCGCGUUCGCCCUCUCGCUCGUGGUCAUCGUGCUCGUCCUCAUCCUCGCCGUGCUGCACGAGAGGCGCUGCACCAGCCUGGCGCCGCUCCGCAUCCUCCGCGGCGUCAUGGUGCUGGACCUGUUCAGCCUCAUGGGGGCCUACGCCGCCGGCGCGUUCCGGGACAAGCUCACGGCCAUCUAUUCCCUGGUCCUGCUGGCCGGCGUCGUCCUCUACCUCGCGGUCCAGAUGGCGCUUGCCUGCUGGCACGAGGACGGGAAAGAGGACAGCGCGCCCUCCCAGGGGCUCCGCAAGGCGGUCCACAUGGCAAUGGCCUCGCAGUCGCAGGAGGACAGCGCGUCCGAGAGGCUCCGCAAGACGGUCGACAUGGCGCUGGCGUCGCACAAGGACAGCGCGCCCGAGAGGCUCCGCAAGGUGCUCAUGGUGCUCGCCACGUUCGCGGUGAGCGUCACGUACUUGGCUGGGCUCAGCGCGCCGGGCGGCUUCCGGGACCGCACCGAGGGCGACUACCGCCCGGGCGACGCCGUCCUCAAGGGCGGCCGCCAUGACGAGCGCCUCAAGGCGUUCUUCGUCUUCAACACCACCGCCUUCGUCGCGUCCCUGCUCAUCAUCAUCAUUCUCCUGGAUAAGAAGCUGACAUUCAGCCCAAAUGUGCGGUCGGGCGAGCUCUAUGUGUUCAUCGCCCUCACGCUCAUCGGCCUCGUCGGGGCAUACUCCGCCGGCAGCUGCCGACAGGUUGAUACUACCAUCUAUGUCAACUCGCUGAUUGGUGCCGUUAUUGCGUGCAUUCUACUUCAAGCGGCUGCUAUCAAGUUCUGGAAAGGAGCCAUAGAGAAUCUUUGUAGCUGCGUCACUGUUAAGCAGCAACAAGCUCCAGAUCCAAAGACUGGUAAAGUGUCAGGAUGGCUGCGUCGAGCAAAGGAAUGUUGUUUGGGGCAGACCGCUCAAGAUCCAAGCACUGGAAAUGACGACGCCAGUGUUCAAGCGCUGGAGAAUGCCCACUCUCUUGUUCUGCUGCUGGCCACUCUGGCAGCGGCCAUCACCUACCAAGCAGGGCUGAACCCGCCGGGUGGGCUCUGGCAGGACGACGGCGACGGCUACAAGGCCGGCGACCCGAUCCUGUUAACCAUGAGCCCUAGGCGAUACAAGGCCUUCUACUACUGCAACUCGGUCGCCUUUGUGGCGUCCCUGGUGGCCAUUGUCCUGGUCAGGAGGAAGACCUUGCACCACCACAACGCGCUGGAGGCCGCUAUGAUACUGGACCUGUUUGGCCUCAUCGGCGCAUACGCUGCCGGGAGCUGCCGGGAUGUGAGCACUUCCAUCUACGCCGUGGCCUUGGCCGGCGCUGUUCUCGUCUACGUUGUGAUCCAUGUCGUCUUAUUCACGCUGGACCAUAACGACAACGGCAGCACGAGGCUGAAUGACGAAGCUUCCACAGAGAAGGAGAAAAGGGAUGCCGAGUUGGAGAUGGUGAAGAAGCGGCGCAAGCGGCUGCUCCUCUUCGCGAUCUUGGCGGCGACCAUCACUUACCAAGCCGGGCUGACGCCGCCGAGCGGCUUCCUGGUAACCGGGAACCACGCUGGCGACCCCGUCCUGCUCGACAACUACCCACGCCGUUACACGGCGUUCUUCUACUGCAACUCGGUGAGCUUCAUGCUGUCCAUUGCGCUCAUCAUCCUGCUCGUGAACCAAAACCUGUACCGGCCGGCCAUCCAGAGCAACGCGCUCUCCGUUUGCACGGCGGUGGGUAUGAUGGGGAUCAUGGGUGCCUAUGCCGCCGGCAGCACGCAGCAUCGGAAGACAUCCAUCUACAUCUUCGCGUUGGCGGGGUUCGUCCUGUCCGUAGUCAUCUUACUGGUUUUGCUGUUCUUGGUGAUCGAUCCGGACAAGAAGAAGAAGAAAACGGCAGAUGAGUCAGCCCAAGAAGGCCGGUCGGCAGAUGAGGCAACCCAGGAAGGCAGGUGUCAGGGCCACUGUAUCUCCAUCAGUGCCUGCUUCUCCAGGAGUGCAGAUGAGGCAUCCCAAGAAGACAGGGCUGCUUCCACUGGAAUUCCCAUGGAAGCCGAUCUCGAAGCACAGAAAACCGACGCCCCCAUUGUUAGCAUGAAAGCCUCAAGCGGAUAUGAAAAGAAGCUACAUGCCAAGCGCAAGUAUCUGAUGCUGCUUGGAAUCCUGGUGGCGGGCAUCACCUACCAGGCCGGCCUGGCACCGCCGGGCGGGGUCUGGCAGAGGAACGACGGCGGGUACGAGGCCGGCGACCCGGUGAUGCACGACAACAGGAAGCACCGGUACCUUGCCUUCUUCUACAGCAACUCCGCCUCUUUCGUCGCAUCCGUCGUGGUCAUCGUCCUUCUGCUGCCGGGGUCUGUGUCGCUGCAGACCCCGGCACCAGCGUCCCAGCCCCAGAAGUGGUGGAAUGACGACUGGUGGCUCGGCGUGAUGAACUUUACGAUCGUGCUGGACCUCCUCGGCCUCCUCGUCGCCUACGCCGCCGGCUCCAGCCGGUCGUGGAAGACCUCUGGAUAUGUCUCCGCGCUCGUCAUCGCCGUGCUAGCCUAUUUUGUGAUCCAUGUCGUGCUGUCUUGCUUCGUCAGGAACAGUAAGAGCAAGAAUACUCAGAGUCAGCGCGGCACCUCUGAGCCAAACGAGCUACAGCCUGCUCAAACAGUCAAACUGGUUGAAUCAUGAAUGUACGGUAUGGAGCUGAGAGUUUGUGCAGUUUUUCGUGUCAUUCUGGCCAUUGUGUAGAUUCGCAUGUUGUCUGUGGUAAGUUUAUUUUUCCCACUGGACUUGUUGUGUCUACUUGGAGUAUAGUGCUGUACUAGUAGUAGGUCUGUAGCGUUUUUUUGGUAGAUUGAUGGAAGACUGGAAAUGGAACCUCUGCCUCUCUAGCCUGUUUGGCUGUUUGGGAAUUGGGAUUAAUUUAGCCAUUAGGUAGUAAGCUGGGACCAUCCUAAGCGUUACGUACUUUGAUACUCUCGUGGCAGAUCUGAAUCGGAUUCCAAUGAAUGUGGGCUUGGCAUCCAGUAGGUUCCUUCGGUUGAGCUCCAUUGGUCUCUCGCUGCUGGGCUUCGCCAUUGUAUUUAAAAACUUUUAUCCUCUCAAUGAAUGCGGUUCUGUAUGGUUGUUUGCU